CUCAUUUUUUUGCUUUCAAAUGGCGACACACGCUCUUCGUGCAUAGUGCUCGAACACAAAGCCAUGGAAUUAACUUCAGUUAUCCACAGCGGCAUUAAAGCUCCUAUAAAAUUGGAUCAAGUCUUGCUCAGUAUUUCGCCAAUUUCGCUUUCAAAGCGGACGAAGCUUCAUUUCUCUCACCUCCAUAAUCCUACUCUUUCUGCAGUCAGGAGUGGUCGUUGCCGGCAAGUUUCUCCUCUUGGGUGCUCCAAAGGAACUGAGCAAGAAGAUGUCUCUGCAUCAGGCACAGAUUGUGAGAGGACCGGUUCUCAGUCAUUGAUUGACAUUGACAAUGUGAGCACCUCUGAUACUCAGUAUUCUGUAGAUAGUCAUGGGACAAAAGCUGAGGAACAAGAGAUUUAUUCAUCAUCGAUGAGAACUGUUGCUUUAUGGGUGAGCACUGCUGUGGCAUUUGGUGUUGGAAUAGGUUUGAAAGAUGGAAUUGGCAAAGCGUCAGAGUUUUUUGCUGGAUAUAUAUUGGAGCAAAGUUUGUCUGUAGACAAUCUGUUCGUCUUUGUUUUGGUUUUCAAGUACUUCAAAGUGCCGCUAAUGUAUCAGAGUCAGGUACUUUCAUAUGGUUUUGCUGGUGCAAUCAUCUUUAGGUUGUCAAUAAUACUUCUUGGAACAGCAACGCUUCAGAGGUUUGAAGCGGUUAAUCUGGUACUGGCUGUAAUACUCCUAUUUUCAUCCUUCAAGGCCACACCUUUACUUCUCACAGUAGCUGUUAUUGAGCUCAGUGAUAUAGCAUUUGCUGUUGAUUCAAUACCGGCUGUUUUUGGUGUUACGCGGGAUCCCUUCAUUGUUUUCACUUCCAAUUUAUUUGCCAUAUUAGGCUUAAGGUCACUGUACACUCUUAUUUCUGAGGGAAUGGCAGACUUGGAAUAUUUGCAGCCUUCAAUUGGAAUUGUUUUGGGCUUCAUUGGUUGCAAGAUGAUCUUGGAUUUCUUUGGGUUUCAUGUAUCAACUGAGGCGUCUCUCGGUUUUGUAGCAACAAGUCUGACUGCUGGGGUGCUCUUAAGUCUAAUGAAUAAGUCUGAUAGCUAACGAAGCAAUUCAGGGCAG